UCAAAAGACAGCGAGAGGGGGAAGAGAAGGAGAAAGCAAAGCCUUAAGCCGUGAGACGCGGUGCAGUAGAUAGUAUCCCUCCGUAGCUGGCCACUGUGGCCGGCCCUGGUUGCUGUCUGUGGUACUGAACCUGUUUCAGGGCUCAGUCUGGCCGCUCUUUCCCAUCCGCCAACCUUGUGCACCCUUUCCCCGACGCUGCAUCUGAAUGCACAGCCUCCCCACACCCAAGGCUGCAUGAAAACAUUUGAUGGAAUGAGUGAAAAGUCGAAAGUCCGAAGGCAGCUGAAGACAGAUCUUGCGAUGGCUCAAGGAAAUAGUUGUGGACAGAAUGCCAGUAACAACGGCAUGGCAGACGAAUCGCCGAACAUGCUGGUGUACAGAAAGAUGGAAGAUGUUAUAGCACGAAUGCAAGAGGAGAAAAAUGGGAUUCCUAUCCGCACAGUCAAAAGCUUUUUGUCAAAGAUUCCCAGUGUGUUUUCUGGUGCAGAUAUUGUCCAGUGGCUACUGAAGAAUCUGAACAUUGAAGAUCAAGGUACAAUUACUGAGAUUCAAACUGUAGAAGCACUGCAUCUUGGAACACUGAUGGCAGCUCAUGGAUAUUUCUUUCCAAUCUCAGACCAUGUGCUAACAUUGAAAGAUGAUGGGACUUUCUACAGAUUUCAGACACCAUAUUUUUGGCCAUCAAACUGUUGGGAGCCAGAAAACACCGACUAUGCGGUUUACCUCUGCAAGCGGACGAUGCAAAAUAAAGCAAGGCUCGAGUUAGCAGACUAUGAAGCUGAGAGCUUGGCCCGUCUACAGAGAGCAUUUGCAAGAAAGUGGGAAUUUAUCUUUAUGCAAGCAGAAGCACAAGCAAAAGUUGAUAAGAAAAGGGACAAAAUUGAAAGAAAAAUUCUUGACAGUCAGGAAAGAGCAUUCUGGGACGUGCACAGACCCGUGCCAGGCUGUGUAAAUACUACAGAGGUGGAUAUCAAGAAAUCAUCCCGAAUGAGAAAUCCUCACAAAACAAGAAAGUCUGUCUACGGUCUACAAAAUGAUGUCCGAGGUCACAGUCCGACUCACGCACCUGCACCAGAAGCAAAGCAACCAACCGUAGAAGAGUUACAUCAGCAGAUAAAGCACUGGCAAAUGCAGCUAGAUAGACACCGGUUAAAAAUGUCCAAAGUUGCAGAGAGCCUGAUAGGAUACUCGGAGCAGUAUAUGGAAUUUGAUCCAUUUCUUAUAACUCCUGAACCUUCAAACCCAUGGAUAUCGGAUGAUAUUUCCUUCUGGGAGUUAGAAGCCAGCAAAGAACCAUACGCACAGAGAGUAAAGCGAUGGGGUUUCUGCAUUGAUGAAGUUUUAAAGGAUCCUGUAGGGAGGGAACAGUUUCUCAAGUUCGUGGAGUCUGAAUUCAGCUCUGAAAACCUACGAUUCUGGUUAGCUGUUCUGGAUCUGAAGAAAAGGCCUAUUCGUGAGGUGCCAUCACGUGUUCAAGAAAUUUGGCAAGAAUUUUUAGCCCCGGGAGCUCCCAGUGCCAUUAACGUGGACUCCAAAAGCUAUGAUAAGACCACACAAAACGUAAAAGACCCAGGAAGAUACGCAUUUGAAGACGCUCAGGAGCACAUUUACAAACUGAUGAAAAGUGAUUCCUACCCUCGUUUCAUACGUUCCAGUGCCUACCAGGAGCUACUUCAGGCUAAAAAAAAGAAAAGUAUGAACUUAUUUUGAAGGAUGUUCAUAAAGGGGAAGUCACUUACUUCGAAAAGGCUGACAAGUCUGGUGCAGUCUUACUGAUAUAUUCUCUUCAGUUGAUGAACGGGCCAGUUCAAUCGUUCAAAGCUAUAAAUCACUAUUUACCCUGAACCCAGAGGACAUUGUACCAUUCUUUGCAUGAAUGAGGAUCUCAGUGAGUGAGUGAGUGAGUGAGUGAGUGCAUGUGUGUGUGUAAAAAGACAUUGCAAACAUGAAUGGAGAAGAUGGGGACGGAGGAUUGUUCCAUAUAUGUUUAUGCUUACUUCAUCAGUCAGACUGAUGAAUCUCCCACUAAUAAGUUAAAAUUCAUCACAAAAAUUGAAACUGUAGCUCAGAUCAUUAAGUGGUUAUGACUGAAAUAUUAGAAAGAUUUAAUGUGUAGAUAUAAUGAAAUGACUCACAGUCCAUUAUUAAGUUGGGCCACAGGAGUCCACAAACACAGAAAGGUUCCAUACAAGGGGUUAUUAGUGUAUCCUUGUCAGACCUGUUCUGUGCUUCCACUUUAGUGUUCUUAAUGUUUUAUUUUUAUACAAUGUUGAAGUCAGUAUUUAUUCCAAAUUUAUUAAAACCUUUCUGUUUCUCUUUAUUUUCUAAGUUGAUUUAUUUUGACUUUUUUUUAAUACUAUAGGUCAUUCACCACAUGUCACGGUCUGAUAUUUCACCAGAAAAGAACCAUUGUUUUAACUAAAUUAAUGAAGUUUCACUUCUUAAAAUUGAAAGCCAAUACAUGAUAUUUCAAUCAAAUGGCUAGUCAGUUUUGCUCUAAUGAUAUACAAAAAUAGCUUGGCGUCCUAGAUAUUUUGUAAAUGACAGUUUUAUUUCUCUAUAUCUAAGUGAGGCAAAAUAAAAUUGAUGUAAUGAGUUUAA